UUCUUCUGUGGCAUACAGACGACUAGUAUGUGGACUACAGUAGAACAAUUGAAAAACGAAAACCUCGUGAGUGAAGAAAACGCGCCCAUCACCUUGCAGUCUUGGUCGGAAUCUCAGCAGAACUGAGACUGAGAACCUAUCUUGCCAAUGGCAGUCAGAGGGAAAACGUUUCAGCUCUGCAACGUGUUGAUACGGAAAGUUCAGUCAGUAGUGGUGCCCUUGAUUCAGUCUUCUACAUUCCCACCCGAAGCAUGUUGUUCAGGUACUACUACUCGGCAGAACCUCUUCGAAAAAUCGCGCUGAAGCCCAACGAACAACAGAAGGCAAUGUUUCUGGAAACGACCAUAUUUGACGCGUCACCACGUGUAAAGGGAGUGAUGCAGAUAGAAAUGUGUAAUUUCAAGAGUGCCCAACGGGAGUUGGAAAAUGCACUUGAAGACGCGCAAGCAAACAAGACAGAAGAGUACGAAGAGAUAGUAAGAUUACUUGCAAAUGUUUCUUAUCGUCUGGGUCAUCUUAAGAAAGCGAUACAGUACAGCCAUGUGUCCUUGGAGAUGGAAAGACGUCGACAUAGACAUGGCGUACAUCCAAAUAUCGCCGUUUCAUUAAACACACUUGGCUCGGCUUGGAGCGCCUUGGGUGACCAAGAAAAGGCAAUAAGCUUCUUGCAAAAGGCAUUGGACGUAAAAAGACUGACCUACGGGUGCAAUUCUAACCAUCCAGACAUUGCUGCUAUACUACAAAAUAUAGGCAAUUCCUGGAAGCUUCUUGGCAAUUACGAAAAAGCACUUGGUUUCUAUGAGGAAGCACUAGCAAUGGGAAAACGCUUCUUCGGGGAAGAUGCAGCACAUGCACACGUUGCCUUAUCACUGAAGAACCUUGGUGUGACUUGGAGGAAUCUAGUCGAGACACGGAAAGCAAUCUCUUUCUACGAAGAGGCGCUGAAGAUGUUCAAACGUACUUACGGACAUGAAUCUAUACAUCCAGACAUUGCAGACACACUCAACGAGCUAGGGAAGGCCUGGAGAGACCUGGGUGACUACAAUAAAGCAAUUACCUUCUUCACACAGGGGCUGCACAUGUUCAAGUUGAUCCAUGGUCAGGACGCAGUUCAUGAUGACAUUGCGAACUCGCUUUACGACCUGGGGAAUGCUUAUAGAGAAGUUGGCCACUACAGGAAAUCAAUUGACCUUCAUGAAAAGUGUCUCAGGAUGGAUGAACUCACAUUUGGGCACAAUGCCGUUCAUGGAAAUAAUGCAAAUACAUUCAACAGCCUUGGCCAUACUUACUUUUCACUCGGUGAUUACCGAAGAGCUAUUAGUUUCUUCGAGAAGGCACUCGACAUACGAAAGCGCAUUUCCGACUCGUCAAAUCUAGACAUUAUGAGUUGUGUCAACAACCUUGGGGCAGCUUGGAAUAGUCUGGGGGACCACAGGAAAGCAAUCAGUUUCUAUGAACAGGCCCUGAAAGUGCAGAAGCUUAUGCCUGAAAAGAUUGCAGCGCCACACAUUGCAAAAUCACUCAGUAAUAUGGGAAAAGCCUGGACGUGUCUUGGUGACAUUCGGAAAGCCAUCACCUUGUUCGAUGAAGCACUGAAGAUACAUCAAAUUGUGCAUGGAGAAGAUGCGGUGCAUCCUGACAUUGCUGGAUCACUAAAUAACCUAGGUGGAAGUUGGGCUCUGCUUGGAGAACAUAGGAAAGCCAUCGACUACUACGAGAGAGGUCUCAGGUUGGAUAGACUAAUCUAUGGAAAGGAUGCGGCACAUCCUGAUAUUGCUGCAAUGCUCAACAAUAUCGGUGAAGCAUGGGGUUCCUUAGGUGAGCACAAAAAAGCUAUCGACACCUAUGAACAGACCCUGAAAAUGCACAGGGCCAUCCAUGGACCGACCGGGGCACAUCCAGACAUUGCAGCAUUACUAGUAAAUUUAGGCAAGUCAUGGGGGAACCUCGGAGAUCACAGCAAAUCCAUACAGUUGUAUGAAGAUGCAUUGGAUAUGAGCAGACGUGUCUAUGGAAGGAACGCUGCACAUGCCCUCACUGCAAAUAUUCUCUCUGCACUGGGCACCGCCUGGUGUAAGACAGGGGACACCAGGAAAGGAAACACCUUCCUCGAACAAGCCAGAAUCAUGAAGAAGCUUAUUCAUGAUCAUAAUGCCGCACGGUCCUCAAAUGCUCUUUGA